AUGGAAAGAUCAGAUUACACACAAAAAAUGUUAAGCAUCAUCAACUCAGACGAGUUCAGUGAAAUCCACAGAGACCCAACACCUAGCAUACAGACCAAAAGUAAUGGUUUCAUAUCAAUGCUACUUACACACAAAGUCAUUACUAGAGAAAAGGCUAAAUCCAUGAAAGUCUAUAAUUCGACAGCACCAAAAAUUUAUGGUAACCCCAAAAUUCAUAAGGAUGGUGUCCCUCUCAGACCCAUAGUGUCCUGCAUCCAAUCACCAACCAGACAUCUCUCUGAGUUCAUAGUGGACAUAUUAAAAAGUGCUUACGAUAAAGGUAACGAAUACUACAUAAAGGAUAGUUUUGACUUUGCACAACAAAUGAAUAAUUUAGCGAUUCCACCAAAUCAAGUCAUUUUAUCUCUGGAUGUUGUAAAUCUAUACGGUAACAUUCAUAACGAACUAGUGAAAAGAGUUAUAAAUGAAAAAUGGAACAUAAUUCAACAACACACUACCAUGCCAAAAAGUCUAUUCAUGGAGAUUUUGAAUUUCCUUUUAGAAAAUAGCUAUUUUUCUUUCCAAAAUAAAUUCUACAAACAAAUUUUCGGAAGUGCUAUGGGAUCUAAAUCAAGCCCAAUAUUGACUCAGUACGUAAUGGACUUUUUGCUUGAUAAUACUAUCCCUAAAUUACCUUGGCCAAUUUUCCUUAUUAAAAAAUAUGUAGAUGACUUAUUCAUCAUUUCACCAAUAGAGGGAGUAGAAGAUUUGCUACCAAUUUUCAACAGUUUUGACAAAUAUACUCAAUUUACCAUGGAAAAGGAAGAUGUAGACUUUUCCGUGCCUUUUUUGGACACGAGAGUACAUCGCUCAAAUAAUAUUAUAAAGCUAGAUUGGUUUAGAAAGGACACCAAUUCGGACAGAUUUGUUCACUAUUUAUCAGAUCACUCAAUACAAAUGAAAAUCAACAUCAUAACAGAGAUGAAAAAUAGAAUUCUAAGAUUGUGCCACCCAGAAUUUAUACAGAAAAACAUAGCAAAGCUCCUUAAAAUUUUUAUUGAUAAUGGUUACCCAGUGGGGAUGGUGAAGAAACUCCUAUAUGAGUCAGUUCCAGUACAACGAGAUGAUAACAUUCCCUUAAGAAAUGGUGAUGGUGAUGAAGUGACCAAGUUUGGUAGUAUACUGAAUAUCAAAAACUUAACAGGAAAAAUCAAGAAUUGCUUCAAGAGUGAAAAUAUGAAGAUAGCCACCUAUAAUUCAAAGAAAGUCUUUUCACUCUUUACAAAAUUGAAGGAUCCAACCCCAAAGCAGUUUAAUUCAAAUGUGAUCUACCGAAUAAAUUGCAGUGACUGCCAAGCGACAUAUGUGGGCCAAACCUCACAGUGGCUGAAGAAUAGAAUUAGCAUACACAAAAGUGACAUAAAAAAGCAAAAUGUAAGAUGUGCCCUGACCAAACAUUCAGUUGAUCUAAAACACCAGAUAGAUUUGGACAGUGUGGAGAUUAUUGAUAAAACAUCUAGCUAUAAUAAAAGAUUGAUCAUGGAAAUGAUACACAUACAACGAGAACACAACAGCAUAAACAAGAAGUCUGAUGUACAAAAUUUAAGUAAUAUAUACACUUUCCUAUUGUCAAUUGCCAAGAAAAAGAACCAACAAAAUUGA